CCCUCCGUUUGUGGCCGCCGCCAUGGAUUCCUCUGCGCUUUCUCGCUUCUCCUCUAUCCACUGCCUUAACUCGGCCGAUUCAGACAAACGAAGCCAUUUCUUCACUCGGAGGUCGGCGGCGGCGGCAGCAACCGCGACCACCGCCGACGUGGCCAUUGAAGCCCAGAAUCUCUGCUUCUCGAUCGCGACGCGGCAAGGGAAAUCAGUCCCGAUUCUUCGAGAUUGCUCCCUACGAAUCCCUUCUGGCCAGCUGUGGAUGCUUCUCGGACCCAACGGCUGCGGCAAAUCUACUCUUCUCAAGGUUCUAGCUGGUCUGUUAAAUCCUAAUGGUGGAACUUUCAAUGUCAAGAGGCCGAAGAGCUUUGUGUUCCAGAAUCCGGAUCAUCAGGUUGUCAUGCCUACAGUAGAAGCAGAUGUUUCAUUUGGUCUUGGAAAGUUCGACCUCGCAAAUGAUGAAGUGAGGCGCAGGGUGGCGAAAGCUCUUGAUGCAGUCGGCAUGGCUUCCUACAUGCAGAGACCUGUGCAAACUCUGAGUGGUGGUCAGAAGCAGAGGGUUGCAAUUGCUGGUGCCCUGGCUGAAGCAUGUAAAGUGCUCUUACUGGACGAGCUAACAACGUUCUUAGAUGAGAAAGAUCAGAUUGGGGUGAUCAAAGCACUGAAGAACACAUUAGAUGUAUCAGAUGACGUUACAGCUAUAUGGGUAACCCAUCGACUGGAAGAGCUUGAAUAUGCAGAUGGGGCACUGUAUAUGGAGGAAGGGAAAGUCAUCAAGCGAGGAGAUGCUUCAAGAAUAAUGAAUUUCAUCAAAGCCAAACAAGCCUCGUACUUUCAGCGAAAUUAACCAGUGAUGUAUACAUGCCUUCUCUUAUAAGCUUACGCUGUGACUGAUUUACUACAUUCAAGAGAAGUUCAAGCUAACUUGGGCAUUGCUAGUAUAGUUGAUCAGAAGAAACCACCAUUCCUUGGGCAUUGCUAGUAUAGUUGAUCAAAUUGGUUAAUUGUGUGUAGUUAUUUGCAUACUACUUCAACCCUCCAUAACAAUCAUACUGCGAGGACAACGCGACGCUUAUCUAUGUUCGAACAUCCUUGAUCUUUGCAAAAUCGGACGAGAACAAGUCAUUGGAGGAAGACAAAUGAUACCUCGAGCAAUCAAGCAUCUCCAAACUUACUUCAAUUACAUGGGUUACAUUUUGGUUGCCUCGCCUCGGCCUAGCAAAUGUUUUAACUUUGAAUGUAUUAAGUUGAGGGUUGUGGAGGAAACCCUUAUGGCAGAUUGGAUGAUUUGACUUGGGGUUCGAUUUGACGAGACAAGAUUUGGUUGGUUCAAUUUCGAUAUGCAAUAUUGUCGAUGUCUUGUAGCAUUGCAUGUUAGUUGGACAUCAAUUGAUUCAUUGGAUUGUGAUUGCGGGGACGAAGCUACAUUUGGUGGAAUCGAAAUUGGUUUGUGCAAAAGAAGGAGAGCAAAGAGCAAAAUAUCGACGAUCAAGCAAAUGAUAUAGAAAAUUCUCAAGCUCGAGACUUAAGGUGAUUUCCUAAAUUUGUUUUCUUUCAUUUGACUUAUAUAUGUGGUGGUCAAUAAUCACCAAAUCGCUAAUUUGCCAACUCUUCUUGAGAGUAUUUAUUCGAGAAAUUGCAGAAAUGUAUAAUAACAUGACACAAUAUUGCAAGGAGGAAAUCUCUUUUUUAUCUUAAAUUUGGAAAAUUCCGGCUUCAAAAGGAUACUACAAAAUAUUCUUAAAUUUUGAAAAAAAAUAUAGAAGGUUAUCGUUGUGAAUUAAAUUGAAUUUAGCUUUAGUACUACUAGUAAGAUUAAUUUCAGACUUCUUAAUUAUCUCUUAUUGCUAGGCAUCAAACAUGAGUGUUUGCUACAUUAUUUUCAUAUAUGAAUUCAGCAAAUAUUUAGAUAAUCAUUAAAUAUAAUGAAUUAUGAACCUCAAUUUCCAAUUCUCCAACAAUUUGAACUCAUUUCCUUUUUUUUAUUUAGAGAGAGUCGUCCUCAUUGCUCUCAUACAAUUCUUCUUUAAAUCAUAUAUAUAGUGGCAUAUUCGGUGCACCCACUUUUUUGGGUGUACUCAGUGCACUCGCCUCAUAAUUGUCAUUCUGAGCAUGCGAUUCAUGUCAAAACGGUAUCAAUUGUUGCUUAUGAUAUUAUGAACAAGAAGCACAUGAAUUUGGAAAAAAAAUCAUUCAAAAUUUAAUUAAAUUCAAAGGAUUUAGGAUUUAGGGAUUUAGGGUUAGGGUUUAGGUUUACAAUUUGAGAUUUUGGGUUGGGAUUCAAAAUUGAAGGUUAAGGGGUUAGGGUAAUAGAUUGAUUUGUUAUGAUUCUAUGUCAUAUCAUCAUAUUAGAUCAAGAGUACUAAUUCAAGUUCAAAAUUUGAUGUAUUGUGGACACUUUUAGAGUUGGGUGCACUGAGUGCACCCAAAAAAGUGAGUGCGCCGAAGUAGCCUCGUUUAGAUUGCAUCUAUUCAAAUGUAGCUCACAUCCUGACCUGCAGCUAUUGAACCCACAUCAGACCGACUCAGAUUGAAUUGAAAGUAACUUUGAUUUGAUCAGAUUGAACCAAGUGCAGACUCCCGCUAAGUCUUGUUGUUAACAAAUGUUUUUUUUUUUUUUGGGUAAAUGGAUACAAUACAUUUAUAUCUUUCAUUCCCAACAAAAUAAGGCUCAUAUAACUCUUUGACAGUCAUAUAGGAACCAAUUAGAUCAGAAACAUGGACAAAAUGAAAUCCCAAAAGAAGGGCAUGUCCUAAACUAUCUAGAUAGUCCACAAACUUAUUCCCCUCACGAUAUAUAGAUAUGGGAGAUAGAAAACUAAAAAUUAUUUGAUCAU